AUGGAAGCAGCAGCGUUUCGUGAACGACAAGGUACCUGCGACAGUAUCUCCUCCGCUGCCAGCAAUUCCUCGCAAAACUUACUCGCCAACCCAUUCGAACUGCGGCACGGCCGCCGCUACCUACGCGACGCACCAUACCCUCUGCCCUGCGACUUGUCAGAGAUCCAACGUCAAUCGCUACGAACACUGCUAGGCGCUACAAUUCUAGGCAAACCAUCAUGCGUUCCCAACAUAGCAAAAGAAGUACCGAAAAGAGUCUUGGAAUUGGGCUGUGGAAGUGCGUUCUGGACGGGGACUUGCCAUGAGUGGUUUACCAGUUUGGGACACCCGAACGUCGAAUUUACGGGCCUGGACUUUGCACCGCUGGCACCGGAUCUUCGUCGUCAAGGUGUGAAUUGGAGAUUCAUACAACAUGAUUUCAGACGCUUCCCUUGGCCGUUUGAAAACAACCAAUUUGACUAUAUCAUGCUGAAGGACUUGUCAUUGACAGUCCACAUGGGUCUGGAGACACAGCGUUUCAUGGACGAAAUAAUGCGCAUCCUAGCACCCAAAGGCACACUCGAGAUCUGGGAAUCAGACCAUGUACUGCGCUGUCUGCUACCACAGCCCACACUCCCCAAAGGCAUGACCGCCGAAGAUGAAAAGACAUGCAGAGACACAAAAACCUAUCUCAUCUCCACAGCCACGUCUUUCGCUCCCGCUCAAAACAGAUACAUCGCCGACUCCAACAUCUGGAUCCACGCUGCUCUGGACAAACUGAAUCUGCCAUCCUCACCCUGCACUCGCAUGUCCGAAAUCCUCUACCAAGAAACUGGCCUCGCAGACAUAACUUCCCGCCGCAUCGCCAUUCCUCUAGGCCAAAUGCGCUGGGAAAAAGACUCAGAGGGCAAACUCAUCCGCUCGGGCAGCAGCGGCAAUCUCUUCGGCACCGUGUCGCCGAAAGCUAGCAAAUCAAAGGCCAGUGGUGAAGUGCUUCUUACAGACGAUCAAGCGGCCAUCCGCUCCACAGCCAUGCUCACUGUGAUCCAAAAGAUUGAGUCUUUGGAGCCGUUACUCAAAGAAGCCAGUGGCAAGAAUUCUGAAGAGUGGACAAGGUGGUGGGCUGGUAUGAUGGCUUCAUUGCUGGACCAGGAGAAUAGUGGUGGUGGUAGUGAAGUUUUGGAGAUCGGGGCCUGGUGGGCUACCAAGUGUGAGGAUGGCGCUUGA